UCCACUGGCUCAGCUGCAGGCAAAGUGAGUAUAGCUGCUGCAACCGUAUUAUUGUGAUCACUUAGUGUAGCAUGGAUAGUGAGGCGAAGAAUGGAGGCACAGGCAGAGAGAUGCAGGCUGAGCCAAUGCUGAAUUCCCUGGAUAUGGCAGAAGAAGUGAGAGCUGCUCAGACCAGAAGGAAGAAGAAGUCCAGCAGAUGGAAAGUUCUCUCCCUGGUAAUCUGUGUUUGCAUAUUAACCGUUAUCCUUGGGUGCAUAUUUGGACUUAAGCCAAGCUGUUCUAGAGAAGUGAACAGCUGCAAAAAUCGAUGCUUUGAGCGUAAGUUUGGGAGCUGCCGCUGUGAUACAGCCUGUGUUGCACUUGGAAACUGCUGUUUUGAUUAUGAGGAUAUAUGUUUACAACCAGCGAACAUCUGGACAUGUGACAAAUUAAGAUGUGGAGAGAAAAGACUUCCCAGCAGCCUAUGCUCUUGUUCUGAUGACUGUAAGGAUGCCAAGGACUGCUGUGUGAAUUAUGAUGCUGUUUGCAGAGGAAACAAGAGCUGGGUAGAAGAAAAAUGUGAGACUAUCCAAACACCACUCUGUCCAGCUGGGUUUUCUCAGCCUCCAGUCAUCUUAUUUUCAUUGGACGGCUUUAGAGCUGAGUAUUUGCAAACAUGGGGUGGUCUUCUUCCUGUCAUCAGCAAGUUAAAGCAAUGCGGAACAUAUACACGAUCUUUACGGCCAGUGUAUCCAUCAAAAACCUUUCCCAACCAUUACAGUAUUGUAACAGGUCUCUACCCAGAAUCACAUGGGCUUGUGGACAACAAAAUGUAUGAUCCUCACCGCAAUGCAUUAUUCACACUAAGAAAUGCAGAAAAAUUUCACCCUUCUUGGUACCAAGGAGAACCUGUAUGGAUAACUGCCAUGAAGCAAGGGUUAAAGACAGCAUCUUUCUUCUGGCCAGGAUCGGAUGUUAAGUUAAAUGGAACAUAUCCAAAUAUUUAUAAAGAAUACAAUGGAUCGAUACCUUUUGAAACUAGAAUCAUGUCUAUCCUCAAAUGGCUGCACCUACCUGAAGAUGUUAGACCACACUUUUACACUCUGUAUUUAGAAGAACCAGAUUCAUCAGGACACAGGCACAGUCCAGUCAGCAGUGCAGUGAUAAAAGCCCUAAUGACUGUAGACCGCAUUGUAGGAAUGUUGAUGGAUGGGCUUAAACAAAUGAAUUUAGACAAAUGUGUUCAUCUCUUGCUUCUGUCUGACCACGGUAUGGAGGAGUCACGGUGUGAAAACAUUGCUUAUUUAUCCUCUUAUGUAAAUGUCUCUGAUGACUACAUUGUGGUGUAUGGACCAGCAGCCCGUCUAAGACCUACCCGGUUACCAGAUGAGUAUUUCUCUUUUGACUAUGCAGAUAUCGCAAAAAAUCUGUCAUGUAGACAACACGAUCAACAUUUCAAGCCAUUUCUGAAGCAACACUUGCCAAAACGCUUCCAUUUUGCUAGAAAUGAUAGAAUUGAGUCGCUUCACUUUUACAGUGAUCCAAAAUGGCAAGUUGUAAAGUCACCUGAAGAGAUAAAAGUAUGCAAUGGUGGUUUUCAUGGUUCAGAUAACCUGUUCAAGAGCAUGCAGGCUCUUUUUAUUGGAUAUGGGCCUAAGUUUAAACAUGGUGUAGAAGUGCAACCAUUUGAGAACAUUGAAAUCUAUAAUUUGAUGUGCGAAUUGUUGGAGGUUGAACCUGCACCAAAUAAUGGUACUCGUGGAAGUCUUAACCAUUUACUUAAGCAGCCACUUUAUGAGCCAUCCUUACCAAAAGAGCUAUUUGAACCGUUCCAGUGCUCUGUUAUUCAUGGAGCCAGGGUGAACAGCCUCGGCUGCUCUUGUGACUCACUAACAGAAGCUGAAUAUAAAAAACAAUUAACACUUACCCCUCAAAGAGAAUCUGACACUAAAAAGCUUAAUCUGCCAUAUGGAAGACCAUUAGUUUUGCAAAAUAGCAGCUAUUGCAUCUUGUACCAUAUUAAAUAUGUGAGUGGUUUCAGCUACAAUAUAAAGAUGCCAUUGUGGAGUUCAUAUACACUAGGAAAAAACGAUCUUGUGCCGGCUUCUGUGAAAAAUGAUUCAUGUUUAUUUGUGGAUGUUCGGAUCCCACAAGGACAAAGUCAAAGCUGUCAAUACUACUAUGACCACCAAUCUCUGACAUUUGGAUUUCUCUUCCCUCCAGGCUUCAAACGAUCCUCUAAAGAUGAUGAUUAUUCGGGACUUACAACCAGCAAUAUGCUACCAAUGUAUCCUGCAUUUCAAGGCAUUUGGAAAUAUUUUCAUGAUGUCUUGUUGGCCAAAUACGCAAAAAAGAAAAAUGGCAUCAAUGUGAUUAGUGGCCCCAUAUUCGAUUAUGAUUUUGAUGGGAAAUCUGACUCUUUGGAGCAAAUUAAAAAGUAAGUAAAGGGUUACUCUUCUGAAACUGUACAUUUAUUUUUUCUUGUUUAAUUGUAAUAGAAACAAAGCAUAAAUAGUCUUAAAGGAGAAUCAUCAUGAACAAAAAUGUAUACCCUAUCCGCAGGCUCUCCCAUAAAGAUAUAUUGAGAGGCGUGUAAGCCACCGCUUCCUGCCAUGGUCUGCAUGUUCCAUUCCCAGAGAGAGUCUGGGCCCCGUAUUCUGCAGAUAGGGGAUCAGUUUUUGUACAUGAUAUAUCUCUAAGUUUUCCAGAACAUUAAUAUUCAUGGACUUCAAUAUAAGAUUGGUGGUUGUCUGGCUCCCAGCAUCUUCACAGAUCAGUUGGCUUAAUAGGCUGAAGUCUUUGAUGGAUACUGUGUCCCCGUCACUGUAAACCAGACACAGUGCCAUACAUUUGGUAGUGGAUGUGUCUGGUAUUAAAGCUCAGCCCCUCUGCAUUUGUUUCCUUCUGGAUCUCGACAUAUCUUUGCACCAUCAUUGAGUUAUAUUAAUUCAGUUUUUUUAAUCCUAACUGAUAAGAUCCAAAAUAUGUUUUAUUGCAGGGAAGAGAAUUCAGAUGUCUACAUUCCGACUCACUACUUUAUCAUUCUGACAAGCUGCAAGACUUCCUUUCAGAGUCCUGACCAGUGUUCUAGCCCCUUGGAGGGCAUGUCAUUUGUUAUACCACACAGAGAAGACUACAGGGAAAGCUGUGCUGAACAUAAAGAAUUAACAUGGAUUGAAGAACUUCUGCGGUUUAAUGUAGCCCGUGUGAAGGACAUUGAACUUCUUACUGGACUUAGUUUCUUUCAUAACACAAAUUUCUCCGUUAAUGAAAUUUUACAGCUCAAAACAUUUCUUUCAAGUAAUUUAUGAGUGUUUUAAAGGGGUAUUCCGCAGGAAAACAUGUUUCUUUAAAACAACUGGUGCCAGAAAGUUAAACAGAUUUGUAAAUCACUUCUAUUUAAA